UCACUGCUCAUUCAGUCACAUAACUAGUGGUCGUGAGGAGUGUUGCACUGUGCUCUUAGGAACAAACUCUACUUCGGAAAGAUCAGUAUAGUUUAAAAUGGCCAAUAUAGGGAAAAUUUUUGCAUCCCGUGCUAGCAGCUUUGCCAAAACUGCUAAUGCCAAUAACGUACGGUUCUAUUGCUGCGCUUCUCCAAAGGCACUCGAAUUCAUCAAGACUGAUUUGGUGGGCGAGAAGAAGAAUGUCGCCCUGAUUACACUAAACCGCCCAAAGGCACUGAACGCACUCUGCAAUGGGCUGAUGGACGAAGUAAGUCAAGCACUGGACAAAUUUGAAUCCGACGACACCAUAGGAGCAAUCGUUAUUACUGGCAGCGAGAAGGCCUUUGCUGCCGGUGCCGAUAUUAAGGAGAUGCAGAACAAUACCUACGCCAAGUGCAUCACCGGAAACUUUUUGAGCAAUUGGACCCGCGUUGCCAAAGCCCAGAAGCCUGUAAUUGCUGCUGUUAACGGCUAUGCCCUUGGUGGUGGUUGCGAGUUUGCAAUGAUGUGCGAUAUUAUUUUUGCUGGUGACAAGGCCAAGUUUGGACAACCAGAAAUUGCCCUUGGAACGAUUCCCGGUGCUGGCGGCUCUCAGCGUACAACACGUGUUAUUGGUAAAUCCAAGGCAAUGGAGAUGUGCCUCACUGGCAAUAUGAUGAGCGCCGAGGAAGCCGAACGGGCUGGUCUAGUUAGCAAGGUUUUUCCAGCUGAUAAAGUAGUCGGAGAAGCAAUUAAACUAGGUGAAAAGAUCUCCACUUUUUCGCCCCUGAUAGUACAACUGUGCAAAGAAGCUGUAAAUACUGCAUAUGAAACCACACUGAACGAAGGACUGAAAUUCGAGAGACGUCACUUCCACGCAACUUUCUCGACCAAGGAUCGCCUAGAGGGCAUGACCGCAUUCAUUGAGAAGCGUGCACCCAACUUUACCAAUGAAUAAAAUUACCUCUGAAACAUCUCGCGACGCUCAGGAUCAAUAAUUUGAACACUUUAAAAUGAUACGACAGCAUUUCAUGCAUUUAUUAGAAUAAUAAAAAGGUAAAAUUGAUGCAAAGCAUUUUUUGUAACAGAAGCUUUUGACAAGUUCAAUAAAAACGAGAAUCAAUAUUCUAUGCUGUAUUACGCAUGAACGAUC